UGGGUGUCUUUUUUGUUACUGUGUGGCGCUCCACUGUGUCAUUACCAGUAUGGCGAGGGGUAAACAAAUGUAGCUAAUGGAAAGCGUUCUUAUUCCGCGUCGGCGGUCAUCUACGUCUGUGUUCUCAGGAAGGGUACGUUUCUAAAAGCGAGACUGCUACAAUUAACGGUGAACUUAUUCAAGCUCUGGUCGGAGGAGGGAGGUAUGGAUGGAUUCCGCUUCAAGACCAGUAAAAUUCAACGAGAGUGGGUUACUCAGCCACAGAGAACACCUCUACACUCAAUGAUGCAGGUUGAAUGCAGAGAAAAGUAACAGUUCCAGAGAAACAUGGAAUGGACCAAAGCACCGCUUUUACACUGUUAUUGACUUUGACUACCGCAUGGGUUCACAUUGGAUUUUGUAAGGAUAUAGAAAGAUACGUUUCUUGAUGUGAAAAUGUUAACGGGAUCCAGGACAACGUUUAAAGUGAGGCAAAUUCCUGAUGUGAAGGACCGGAUGCUGAGCCAUAGCGGCCAUCACACUCGAGGGAGGGACAUGUUCGGACUCUGCUGUUUACCAGGAGAGUGUGUUCUCCAGAGAGCCGUGCUGGUGAGGAAGAAGCUGUCUGCCAAAGAGGGGGGCGGCUGGCUAUCUGGCACGCUCUUCUGCACCCACUUCAGGGUGGCCUUCGUGCCCCAGGACAGUCCCAAGCCAGACGACAACGCAGAUCCCGUGCUGCUAGGGGACCAUGAUGUGGCUCUGGCUUCCAUUGAGAAGGUGGUGGCUGUGGGGCCCUCUCGCACCAAACUGGUGACGCCUAACUCAUCUUUGAAGUUCACGCCUGAGGAACUGGUACUCUACUGCCGUGACCUCCGUGUUAUCUGCUUCCUCUUUGACCGCCUGACGCCAGACACUCAGGCUGUAGAGAUAACGUACACCAUUGCCAAGACAUACCAGCCCCUCAGGGCAGGGACCAUCCUCUCCUUUCAAAAUGCAGCACUAGGUUCUAUAGAAAUGAAGCAGUUCCUGAGUAACCGUCGGCGUGACCCCAACAUGAACUGGUUCGAGAGCUCAAUCGACUGGGAGCAGGAAUUGGAGAGAGCCGGGGCCACAGGAUGGAGGGUCACCUCAGUCAACGACCGCUUCGAGAUGUCCACAAGUUUGUCCAGGUUCAAUGUGGUCCCACAGAAGGUCCUGGACACAGAGCUGAAGAAAACGUUUGCCCACUUCAACGAGGGACGCAUCCCGCGAUGGUGUUGGCGCCAUCCCCGUGGCAGUGAUCUGUUACGUAUGGCCAGCUUUCAGAACAACAUCUACCAUGAAAAGGAUGACAUCAGGAACCUGGAGCUGGUGCUGUUUGGGGUCCAGCAGGUGUGUGUGGUGGUGGACUUGGGGGAGGAGAUGCCGUCAACGGCCGACAUCCAGCUAGCCCACACCAGGUUACGCGCGCUGUGCCUGGGAGACAUCUCCGCAUCUGUGUCUGUGCCAGAUGACAAAUGGCUGUCCACGCUGGAGGGCACCCACUGGCAGGACUACAUCAGGUGCUGUCUACGGAAGGCUGCAGAGGUGGCCUGCUUGCUCAGAGGUGGCCAUCUGACCGUUGUCCUCCAAGAGCCUGAAGAUCGGGACAUGAACUGUGUGGUGUCCAGCCUGGUGCAGGUGAUGUGCGACCCGCACUGUCGGACGGUGCCUGGCUUCCAGGCCCUGGUCCAGAAAGAGUGGAUCAUGGCCGGCCACCGCUUCCUCAGCCGCAUCAACUACCACAGAGACAGCGACAAGGAGGAGGCCCCAGUGUUCCUGCUCUUCCUGGACUGUGUGUGGCAGCUGUGGGCGCAGUUCCCCUCACGUUUCCAGCUGAGCGGAGACUACCUGCUGGCCCUGCAUGACUCGCUGCACGUGCCUCUCUUCAGCAGCUUCCUGGCCAACUGCCAGCGCGAGAGGAGCCGCCGCUCACAGCACCUGGCCCAGAGCUACACGCCGGUGAACGGCCUGCGGGAACUGCCCCAGGGCUCCCCUCAGGACCCGUGUGACCCCCCCCUGCCCCCCGUGUGGGACUGGGCCCUGCAGUACAGCGGUCAGAGACGAGCGCACUUCACCCAGCCUGUCACCCAGCCGGCCUGCCCUCCACCCAUGCUCAACGGCAACCUCAACACCAACCUGGGCCCCCACCGGCACGUGGACGGCAUGGCCGGCUCGGUGUUCCUGCUGUCCCGGGGCUCCUUCUCGUCGCCGUCCAACCUGCUGCCGUGGCGGAGCGGCACCGGCUCGGGCUCUUACCGGAAGAGCCACCGGAGGGCCCCGUCGGCCGAGAUGUUGCCCGGCCUGGAGCGCCUGCUGCGGGCCUGCUCGCUGUCCGAGGCCAGCCCUGAGCCCCACGAGCCCCUGCUGCCCCUCCUGCUGGGGCCCUGCGUCAAGGUGUGGAGGGACUGCUACCUCAGGGGGGCGCUCCAUGCACAGGCCUUCACCCACCCUAUGCCAUCGUCCAUGCUCCACCCAGUGGAGCAGCUGGCCUGGGAGGUGCAGCAGCUGCGUGAGAAACUGGCCCAGGCCUCCACCUCGUCCUCUUCGUCCUGCUCCUCCUCGUCCUCCUCCCCUUCGUCCUCCCGGACCUCUGACACUCUGCACAUCAGGCGGGAAUCUCGCCGCUCCGACUCCAACCUCAACCAGAACGCCAACAACGGCACGUUCCUCUUCCCCUCGUCCAGGUCCGCCUCCCACCAGCCUCCCGCCGCCAGAGCCAGUGCCCGCCCCGCCACCCCGCCCAAAGCCGCCUCGAGGCCCCCCGCAACCAACACCAGCCCCCAGCCUCGACCUGCUGGAAGGGAUGGACCGAAACACACCUUCCUCUUCGGCCACCAGCCCGACAACCGUCCGGCGCAGCGCUACAUUGCAGCCCCGCACAGCAAGCCGUCCAGGAGCAGCAGCAGCAGCAGCAGCGGAGGCUCGUCUGGGAUCUCCGGCAGCUCUCUGCAGUGACCACCACGCUCUCAGGACUCCGUUUAGCCCUGCGUUCACAACAUCCACUCCUUCACUAGACAGUGCACUCUAUAGAGAAUGACCACUGAAGUUCUUUGUUAUAGUGCACUAUGUGGUGAAUAAAUGGAUAGGUAUCCCACACUGCCUCCUGUCUGUCUCAAACACACAAAACAAAAUGGCCGCUCCCAGACCUACUGGGUGACUCAUGGAUUUACCUUUUCUUUUGGGAGCCGAGUGAGGCAGACCUCACAUCAUCCGUGUGUCAAAGUCUGCCACCACCACCAGCUAUGCAGAAGGUCAUGAUAAAUAGCACAAGAGAGCUCCGACUGUUUGGGUGUAUCUGGACAACAUCAUACUGUCUCAUCCAGUAUUACAUGGCAGCAGUAUACAGCACUAAUUUAUUUUACAUAUUUUCAACUGUUGCCUUUUCAAAUUCUGUGUUAUAAAUGAAUGACAAAGACUGUUUAAAAUAGAGCACACAGCAGAACGCUUUAAGGUCCUGCUGUUCCUGUCUCAAGAGUCAAUGCCAAAUGUAGUUUUGCUAGUGGGUGAGUAUAAUCUAGUUGUCCAGUGCUCUUUGUGAGAUUGCUCUGAAGCACAUGAUCUCAGUGUAUUUAGAAUGCAUGUGUGUGUUCCUGUAUUGAAGCACAAUAUGUUAAAGAGUCCUAGUGAAGUAGCAAGAAUGAUUCAUGUCACCAUAUUCAUUUCCAUACCACAUAGUAGAGAGUGGGCUUUUGAACACUUGAAAUAGUGAGUGAAUUUACAAGUGCUUCUCAAAGUGAACACUAGAGGACGUAGGUCUCCUCAAUCACAUAUAUAACAUGACGUAAAGGAACUUAGGGUAGGAUAAAUUUUCUUACUUUUUUUUCUCUCCAAAAAAAACAAAAGAUGCUAAUUUAGGCCACAGCAAUAUUUUGGUACGGACACGGUUGUGUUGUUGAAAUAUGCAUGUUUUAAUUAUUAUGCUUUCAAAAUGGUACAAAAUGAGUUGUAUAUUUAGUAUUGCAGCUGAAUAUCGAGCAUGUCCAGUGAGAGUGACACAGCAGAAUGGCUAGUGGCAUGUUGAUAGUGAGUCUGUGUCUUGCGGGCCUAAAUUCCUUCCAUUCCUACACUUUAUUUUCUCCCUCUGGCAGUGAAUUAUUUAAGUUCUGAGGGCCAUGGAGGCUUUGAUGCUGUGGGGUUUGCUAUAAACAUACUGUAUAAUGGUAGAGGUGGUUUUAUUAUUUGUACUAUUUUUCAUAUAAAUAUUAGAAAAGUGUUCAUUCUCAAUCAUAUAAUGAGUAAUUAUACUCAUGAGUAUCUUUAUCUUCAAAGCGCACAGUGUAGCACAAUUUCCUGGUUCCUCAUAUUUCCUAACGAUUUACAAGAGAUUUGGUUUUUGGUUUCAUUCUCAAGCAGCUAGUCCAGUUCAGGAGGUUGGGGAGAGCACCUUUAAGUGGAAAGUCCGUGAAUUUCUAUUCCUUCACUGGAAUUUGACUGGAAAUAACCUUACGGCGGCUGCUCAGUGAACCCGUCUCCUCAGAAAGCUAUCUGUUCUGAUGAAUCACAAUGACGUAGUGCAGGCCUCAGACCUGUUGUGCAUAUGAAGUGGAGAGCGGGAGGAUAAAGCACUGGUUUGUUUUCCUUUUGGUAGAUGCUGCUUGGCUAGAGUUAAUGGCUUCAGUUAGAACGGUACGUCUGUGCUGUGUUUCUAGGGCACAGCAGCUGAGUAAUUCCCUUAUGACCCAGCAAGGGUGCCAUUCCGAGAGGUGUUUGUCUCUCCUCUCUCUUCUCUCUCUCUGUCUCUCUCUCUCUUUUCUCGAUCCCUCUUUCCCUAUUUGAAUCUGGAACAUUCGCCAGAAGGGCAGGAAGCUGUCCUGAAGUAUGUCUUCUAGGGUUUUCUCCCUGGCUGUCUUUCAAAGUGCGCCACUGCCAGAGUGAGAUACACAAAGUCCUCGAGCUUUUUUUAGAGGGCCUGAAGGCAGAGAGAGCUGACUGCUGACUGACUGAGGUCAUGGUGAGUGAGAUCAGAAGACAGCCUCAGUGGGAGUCAAAUGUGUUACUCACUAGAGGUCACACCACGCCUGAUACUGUGACUCUGGGGGGGAAAAUGUUGAGAACUCUUGUGUCAUCAGUUCUACCUGUAUUCAUGUAGCAAUAAAUGCAUUCAUUUGAUAGAACAAGAAACAUGAACUUGGUAGAGAAAGGAAAUGCCCUAAGAUCUCUUGGCAUAACUGUGGCUUGGUAAUCUUCAAAAUAAGUGCAAUCGCUCUCAAAACCCAAACCAGCAUACAAAACAAAACAAAACAAAACAGAGACCUUCUGUGAUGGCAUCUUGAAAGCAAUAUUUCAGGAGAAAUAUGUGUAAUCACACUAUGCUUACAUUUAGCCUACCCUAGCAAUGAAUAAGGUACUUCUCAUGUUAAGUAUUUGUUUUAUACUUUGAUCAUUGAGUUUUUUUGUAAGUAUUGUUGGCAUGAGAUGCUGCCUCUGUGGUUAAAUGUACUCUUUGGAUUUCACUCUAGUGCUUUUGUUCAGACCUCACCAUGGAGCGAACUGUAGGUUUCAGGAAGUCUGUCUGCAUGAGUGGUGGCUCAACUAUGAGAAGUUGUGGUUCAAGGUAUGAUGACUGAUGUCUGGAAUUUCAUAUUACUGUUCAGUUUUUGUAAUUGUUGGGAUGAUCGAUGUAUCUAUUUUCUAGCAUUCUGUAUUUUUUUGUAUGGACAUUCAAUAGCAUGUUUUGAAGUAGAUGAAUAAAUCUAAACCUUAGAUAAUUUUA